AUGUCUCGAGUUCAACAGUACUGGCUGCCUGGGUAUGGCCUGUCCCGACACAUUGUGCUUGGGCACAUCCAUUACUUUCUUGGUCCGUCAGCGUCAGUCAGGCCGUAUAGUUAUCAGGGGCGUGAAGGUUACCUCAUCACAGGGGUGCCUCUCACUCGGGAACAAAUCGACGAUCUUGCGGCCAUGUCCCGGGAGUACGAGAGACAAGAAGCACUGCGCAUGACAAACCAGAAUCCUGGCACGAAUUGGGACCAGAAUAGCAGUGACGGGUCCUCACGGCAACCGUCAGAGCCCUAUAUCAAUGAGAUCAUUCCGGUGGAUCCCAAUCGAGCUCGCAGACGCCCAGUGGAUCCGGAUCCCAGAGGUGGCCGUUGA